AUGAUGUCACGUGCGAAAGGAUCGCUCUCAAGCGUGUUUGGAAGUUUGACUGUCAAGUGUCAUACACUAGACACAUUGUUUAAGACCAGAAGAACUCUUCAGGAAUAUAAAGUCCGUUAUUUCGGACAGCAGCUAGUGACCAGCGUGGCUCAUUUGCACAGUUUGAGCCUGGUUCACCAUGACCUGAAGCCUCUCAAUCUUCUGCUGAUAGAGGAAUUGGUGUUGAAGGUCGGUGAUUUCGAUCAGACGCAGGAUCCGAGAGAUGGCAAGGAGUUCCGGACGUUGCUUGGUGUCACCUACAAGCUCCUUGACGAGACGGCGGCUGAGAAGAAGAAGCCUAUACUGAUGGCGAUUGUCAGAUUGAAGUUUAUCAAGUCACAGGAAGAGGAGGCAAAUAGGACGCUGGAAGAGCCGACCGGUUCUCUUGACGAUGCCGUGGAGGAGGAGGUGGGGGCCAGCGCCCAGAACGUCGUCGGAGGCCAGUUGGAUGUCGCUCAGGCCAAGUUGGAGGCCGCUCAGACCCAGGAGGAGACCGAACCCUCAGAGCCAGAUGUCGAUCUUGGCGAUGUUGAUCUUGGCGAUAUCUUUGCAGAGGUCGAGAAGGUGAAGCUGGCAAAGGCCAUCCUCGCGGAAGGAGCCUAG